AGUGAUCACCCGCAGACCGCAGAACCGCAGUCUGUACUCCCAAGUCUCCGAAGCGGCAACGCGACCAUCGAUGAAAAAACCGAUUUCUAACGACUCGCCGGACAAAAACUUCGUUGGGUACUUAAUAGUAGGGCGUGGUUAUUCAUAGACGUUUGUUAUCGCUAUAUAUCGUAUUUUAAAAAUCACUUACUUAUUAUUUUAGUCGGGUACUGGAUCUGAUCUUAAUUGAGCCAAAAUCAAAUUGUUUCUCAUUAUGUUGUAGUUAAAAUAUAUUAUAGUAUAAUAAUAGCCGAAAUAUACCUAUUGUUAAUUGUGAAUUAAUUAUUAAUUAAUAUUAAAUACAUUUUAUUUAUAUAUCUACCUAUUUCAGAUCCAAAAAAUAUGGCACUCAAUACAAGUUAUGAAUCAUUGAGCUUGGCAAAUCAUGAUUUUUCGUUUUCAUUUUACAAGUAUUCAUGUGAUUAUGUUUAUGGCUAGCAUGGGAGCAGCUUCAAAAACCUUUGACGAAAUGAUAAACACUAUACAUUUAAAUGAAACUACGCAUUCAAUGGAAGGAUAUAGGAAGUUAUUGGAAGACUUACUAAGUGAUAAUGAUAGUCUGAAACUAGCAACCGGAAUGUUUGUUGAUAAAACUUUCAAAGUUAAAAAAAGCUUUGUGGAAAACUCUAUGAAAUAUUUAAAAUCUUCUAUGGAGAAAUUGAAUUUCAAGAAUGAACCAAAAGAACAGCGCCGAUAUUUAAAUAAUUGGAUUUUAAGCAAAACCAAUAAAAAAAUCAAAGAUUUAUUUCCUCAAGGUUCCAUUACUAACGACACUAGCUUAAUGUUGGCAAAUGCUGUCCAUUUUCAAGGUACUUGGAUAUAUAGUUUUAAUGAUGCUGUAGACGACUUAUUUUAUGUUACUCUAAGUAACAAAGUACCAGUCAAAAUGAUGAAUCUCGUAGAUGAUUUGCAAUACUUUCAUGAUAAUGAUCUAAAAUUUGCCGCACUUGAAUUACCCUAUGAUCACUAUGCUUUUAAUAUGAUAAUUUUGUUGCCCGAUGAUAAAGAUGGUUUGAAAGAUCUGGAAAAUAACUUUUCAAAAAUUAAUUUGAAUGAUAUUUCAAAUAAAAUGUCCAAGUAUGAUGUUACUGUCAAAUUGCCUCGUUUCAAAUUAGAACAGUCACUGCAAUUAAAAGAUAUAUUAUCCAACCUUGGAUGUCCAACAAUGUUUACAGAAGCGGCAAACUUUUCUAACAUUGUUGAACGUGGUGAACUGUAUGUGAGGCAAGUCGCACAUAAGGCAUAUGUUCAUGUCAAUGAAAAAGGAACUGAGGGUGCAGCAGUUAAUGGUUUUAAUGCAGUUGUACGGACCAUGCCUGAUAAAUUGUCCAAAGUGUAUUUUGUUGCUGAUCACCCUUUUUUUUUUUCGAUUGUAUCUAAAACAAAAACCAUUUUAUUUAUGGGCCGUUUAUCAAAUCCGUUAAAAUAAUAUUGUUUCUAACUUUCAGUUAUUAUACAAUUAAUGUAACAUUUGGCAAUUUUCAACGCAUACCUGUUUUUACUUAUAAAAGUAUUAAGUUACUACUAGUGAGUGAAGUGGUCUAUGUGGAUAAUAUUAUAGGUUUCAAUCUACGAUAUUCAUUUGUAGCAGUAGGUACUAAUUGUACGUUAAAUAUUUGAAUAUACCACAUGGGAAUAUACCAUUUAACAAGUGAGGGUUGCAUUCUAUACUCAUCUUCAAUUUUCUCAGGAGACGACUUAAGAUUCAAUGUGUUUAGUUAUUUAUCUUAAGUACAAAGUAUAAUGUAUUACUUAUUUUAUAUUACUUAAUAACUGAGUCACCAUGUAUAUUUUGAAUAAAAAAUUAAGUCUAAGA